CCAGUGUGUGGUUGUCAAGGAAACCGUCCAGUUGCCAUUUUGUUUUCAUUCAGUAAACUUUUUUCUUGUCCAUUUUAUGGUCGAUAUUUGAGAGAUCCGACCACAAUGGGGAAAAAGAAAACUAAGGAACCAGAACCUCCUGCAAAGGAUGAAUUUGAUCCUUUGCAAAUCGUUAGUAAGAAUCCUGGUACAGUUGUACUGAUGCUUGAUUCACCCGAAGAGACAGUACUGCAGUCUGCCUGUGAGGCUUUGUAUACGUUUUCAGAAAAAUGUGAAGAAAAUCGUCAAAUGCUUCUUAAUCUUGGUGUGUUGGAAAGGUUGCUGAAACACAUCAUGUCUGAAGAUAAAACCAUUCGAAAGAAUGCUAUCAUGUGUCUUGGAACAAUGAGCCAAAAUGUAAAUGUGAGAAAAACAUUACGAAAACUGAAUUGUAUUGAGUCAUUGAUAGUUCUCCUCGGCCCUGAAGAAGAGGCAUUAUGCCAUGAAUUUGCAAGUUUGGCCCUUACAAUGUUGGCUGGUGACUUUGGUAACAAGAUUGAAAUAUUUGAAAAGAAUGGCUUAGAACCAUUGGUUCGUUUACUUUCUUCCACUGAUUGUGAUAUCCAGAAAAAUGCUGUUGAAUGCAUUUCUUUGCUAGUGGAGGAUUACCAAAGCCGAUCGGCUAUCAAAGAGCUUGAUGGAUUUCAACCACUUUUUGCCCUCUUGGACUCGCCUUAUGGCAUUAUCCAGGAAUUAGCACUAAACACAUUGAUAAACUGUACACAUGAAGCUGGGAACCGGGAAGAAAUACGUCAACUGGAGGGCUUGCAAAAAAUCGUUGACUUUAUUGGUAUAAAGGAGUAUGAUGAUCUUCAUGUAAAGGCAAUGCAAGUGUUGUCAAACUGCAUGCAAGACUUAGAAAGCAUGCAGGUGAUCCAGUCUUCUGGAAGUCUUCAAAAGCUUUUAGCUUUUGCGGCUGAAUCCACAGUCGUCAACGUUCAACAACAAGCGGCAAAAUCCUUAGCAAUUGCUGCUCAAAAUGACGAGACACGCAAAAUUCUUCACGAACAGGAAUGCGAGAAAACACUUAUAGCACUGCUCUCAAACGAGUCCCCCUCAGUCCAGGCCGCUGCAGCCGAAGCUCUGGCGGUAAUGUCAGAAAGCCUGAGCAGCCGAGAUGAAAUCGGAAAAUUAGAUGGCGUUCCGUGUUUAGUUGCUUUGUUAAAAAGCGAUGAUACUGAGGUCCGUCAGUUCUCGUCUUUGGCACUGGCUAACCUUUCCACGUCAAAAUCCAAUGCAAGUGUUUUAUUGGAUAAAGGUGGCGCUGAGCCGUUAGUUCGUCUACUGACAGAUCCGAAACCAGAAAUCCAAGUGAAUUCAGCUGUCUGUCUAACCAACCUGGCCAACAAUGAGUCGUGGAGAGCAGAAAUCCACAACUCUGGUAUCACAUCAUCACUGGUUACUGCACUGAAUCAAGCAAAUAAUCCAAAUGUCCAGUCAAAGAUGGCGCUUGCAGCAGCUGCAUUUUUGUGUGAUUCGGAAGCCCGGGCACAGUUUCGCGAGGAAGGCGGCCUUCCACCACUUGUCAAAUUUCUAUCUUCGAACAUCAGCGAAGUUCGUCGCGCUGCAUCAUGGGCCAUGGUGAUUUGUGGAACCGACAUAGCGACUGCAUCGGAACUUUCUAGUCUUGGAGCGUUGGACCUUCUUCAAACUAUUUCGUUGUCGAGGAGUCGUAAAUCAGGAUUCGGUGACGCUGCACUUGAAUGUUUACUCGACAGUAACCUACCAGCGAAGUAUAGUCUACGUGGCUUUCUCUCAUCUUCAAAUACCAUAGGACAUGGCUUCUAUGAUUGUGGAAAGAUUCGUCCUGAUGCAAAGAUUCUAACGUUGGAGGAACUUUCACACGAAGCUGUUAAUACCUCACGACCUGUGCUGUAUGUGAAUUUGACGAGUCCGGAAAGGCCACCCUCUCCGAAGACAACAAUAAUUCAGCCGGAGAAAAGUAUUGAAAAAUUACAAAAACCAAGCAGACUCAAUCUCAAAGAUGUAAAAAGAAGCAGAUCUCAGAUCCAUUCUGAAAAAUUGGAGCCAGAGCCUCCACAGACUGAGCAGCCAACAGAGGAGGCUAAGGAACAGCCUGAAGUAUCGUUACCUUGGCAACCACCCACUGAUCCUGAUCUACUGGACUAUAUUCACGAAUUACAGGAACGAAUUGCCUCACUUCCUACCACAGAGGAGCAAAUCACAGAACUAGCUAGCUAUGUAAGCUACAGAAUGGGCGGUGCAUGUGAGAAAGGAUGGCUUCAGUCGUUCAAUUACGAAAUGCACAUCAGUAAUUUGAAACACGAGUUCAACUCGAAUCUCAUACCAAUAGGAAGGGUCAAAGCUGGAAUAUUCUAUCACAGAGCACUUUUGUUUAAGAUUUUGGCAGAUUAUUUCGCUAUUCCCUGUUCGUUAGUUCGAGGGGACUAUAACCGAGCAUGGAAUGAGAUUUUGCUUCGUACAAAACCAGAGUCUGAUGCAGGAGGGCAUUCGUAUCCGCCCAAGACAUACAUUGUUGAUUUGAUGCACGAGCCUGGCACAUUGAUGGCUUCUGAAUCACCGGAAGCUGACAGUUAUAAACGAUUAUAAUAUUUUUGUACGUUUGAAGUAGAGAUAUAUAGUUUAUAGAUCACAUUGAUCCAAUAAAUACUGAGUUUACUGUGUGUGUGUUUCCAUAAAUAGA